GUCACCAUAAAGAGGCAUGCAUUCUUAGCUCUUGCUGUUUAGCUGAGGGGAGGUCAGUGGAUAUUUGCACUUGCAUUGUGGUCAUGUCUAUGGACUGAUAGUGGCCUGUCACUUAAAAAGCAUCAGGACAGGAAUGCCUUUGCCACGACGCCGAUCCUCCUUCCUGGGCCAGGCUGCUUCCGAGCGGCCUGGCGGUGUGGGUCGCAUGAGUGCAGCAGGGACCUCUGUGCCUCGGGGAGUGUUUGUAGGCAUGGCUCCCACCGGAGGUACCAGCAACCUGGGUGCACGUGUGUCUCGCAGAGCUCUGGGCAUCCACAGUGUGUUUCUGCAUUGCCUUAGAAGCACCAGUGUUCCUGUGGUGACCCAUCCCGGAGAACGAGGCCAUCAGUUUGGCUUUGACAGCCUCAACACGUGCCUGCUGGAGUACCGCGAUAAAGUUCAUGCCCUGGAGCAACUCAACCAACAGCUGGAGGAACAGAUCAGACACUGCUUGGAUCGUAAAGCCGCCAGCGCCGGGACAUGGACUGGCCUGAAACAAGACUGGGAGGAUAUUUAUAUGCAGGUCAGUGAGGCCAUCCUGGACAACGCUCGACUUAUGCUCCAGACUGAGAAUGUUCAAGCCAAUGCAGAGGACUUUAAAGACAGGUAUGAGAAUGAGCAGCCAUUCCGUAAAGCAGUGGAAGAGGAGAUAAACUCUCUGUACAAAGUCAUUGAUGAUGCAAACCUGACCAGGAUGGACCUGGAGAAUAAAACUGACAGUAUGAAGAACGAGUUGAUGAAUCUGGAGCAAAAUCACAUGGAGGAUGUUAGAGCGCUCUAUAAGCAGAUGUCCGACCGUGAGGUUGAUGAGCCGGAUCCUCCCACUGAGACCAGCCUGGACCAGAUUCUAGCUUUUAUCCGCUCUCACUGGGAGAAGGUCAUUGAGAAGAACCGUGCUGAGACUGAUGCCUACCUUGAGUGCAAGCAAACUGACAAUGUGACCAGUAAGCUGAGUCGAGAGGAAGAGGAGCUUGAGAGUCUGAAGACAGAGUGCAAUGUUGCUGGGUGCCAGAUUCAGAGUCUGCAGGCCGAAACCGAGUCUAUUAGAGCUCUGAAACGAGGCCUGGAGAACGCCAUCAAUGACGCCAAGCACUGGCAUGGCAUUGAGCUCCAAAAUCUGGGCUCUGUUAUCGGAAAGCUGGAGUCUGAGCUCAACAACGUCCGCGGGGACAUCGAGCAGCAGCGCCGUGAUUAUGAAACCUUACUCAACAACAAGAUGAAGCUGGAGAUGGAGAUCGGAACAUAUCAUGGAAUCCUGGAUGGAGAGGAGAGCAGAUUCUCCUCCUCAACGUUCCCCGGUGGUUCUUCAGUACCUGAGGGAAGAACUGAUCCCACACCUUCCACAUCUGGACCACAAAGCAGUCCACAGACUGAAGGUUCUAAUGCUCCUGGUGCUCCAGAAGAAAGCAAGCAGGAAUGAUAUAUUUUAUUAACCUUUGCAAAAAUGUUGAUUUUCAUUUGUUUCUCCUCGCUUGUAAUAUACACCAUCUAUAGACUACAUGACUUCUGUGCGGGUUAGAAAUAAAUACAAAUAUAAUGCAUAAACUGAAGAUGCACUCA